CGGUCGAACAGGAGAGAGCUCGCUUAAAACAGAGACCAUAAUAAAUACCGUUGUGUCUAAAAUAUAUUUCUACAGCACAAUAUUUAUCCUGAAUUAGAUUAAAUACAUAACUUAAGGCAUUCGCCUAAGUGGCGAUGAUGGGAAUACCAUGGGUACAUGUGUCACCCCAACAUCCGAACAGGUCGAUCCGCCUAAUGCUGCUGCUGCGUCGAUUCAGUUCUUCAGCACAGGGCACAUCAUCACCAGCAGGCAUACCAUACUCGCGUUUGCGAAUUGGUGUCCCAAAGGAAACCUGGACUGGUGAAAGACGAGUGGCUCUAAGUCCUGCCGCUGUAAAAACUCUCAGCCAGAAGGGAUUUACAGUCACAGUAGAAAAUAAUGCAGGCGCGGAAGCGUCUUUCAGGAAUCCUGAUUAUGAAGCCGCUGGUGCAAAAGUUUGUGACGCAAAAGAGGCAUUGACAGCUGAUAUUGUAUUAAAGGUACGUCAACCGUCUCCAGAGGAAGUACUUGCGUUGCGUGACAAAUCAACACUUAUGUCAUUCUUGUAUCCUGCUCAAAAUUCAGAUCUUAUAUCACAACUUGCCAAAAGACACGCUACCGUCUUUGCUAUGGACUGCAUACCAAGAAUUUCAAGAGCUCAGGUAUUCGAUGCACUUUCUUCUAUGGCAAAUGUUGCUGGUUAUCGUGCAGUGGUUGAAGCAGCUUCUCGAUUUCCACGAUUUUUUUGCGGUCAAAUAACAGCGGCUGGACGAGUUCCGCCUGCUAAAGUGCUAGUCAUUGGCGGGGGUGUAGCCGGUCUAGCAGCAGUAGCGCAAGCUAGAUGCAUGGGGGCGGUUGUUCGGGCCUUUGAUACCAGAAUGGCUGUCAAAGAACAGGUCGAAAGUAUGGGUGCGGAAUUUUUAACUGUCGAUAUUCAAGAGGAUGGGUCAACAGCUGGUGGUUAUAGUAAGGAAAUGAGUAAAGCUUUCAUAGACGCAGAACACGCUUUAUUCGCAAAACAAUGCAAAGAGGUCGAUGUGAUAAUUACGACAGCGUUGAUACCCGGGAAGAAAGCACCACUUUUAUUGUUAAAAUCUCACGUGGAGAGUAUGAAACCUGGAAGUGUGAUUGUUGAUUUGGCAGCAGAGGCCGGUGGCAAUGCGGAAACGACAAGGCCCGGUGAAGUUUAUGUUCACAAUGGUGUUGUUCAUGUUGGCUUGACUGAUCUACCUAGCAGACUUCCUGCACAAAGUUCUUCGUUAUACGCGAAUAAUAUCAGCAAAUUUUUAUUAUCUAUUGGUGAAAAGGAUUAUUUUAAUAUCCGUCUCGAAGAUGAAGUAGUGCGUGGAAGUAUAAUUUUAAAGGAAGGCGAGCUGAUGUGGCCUCCACCUCCAAUCGCUGUUUCGGCCGCGCCACCGGCUGCCGUUGCUAAAGCGCUAAAAAAGGAAGCUUCAACCGCUGAACCGGAAAAGGUGGAUCCUUUUAUGAAAGCUUUCAAGGAAUGCAUGCUUUGCACAACAGCACUUGGAAGUGUCGUUGCGUUGGGAUCUGUAUCACCCGGCCCAGCAUUCACUGCAAUGACUUCUACAUUCGCUUUAUCGGGAUUAGUCGGAUAUCACACAGUUUGGGGUGUAACACCGGCACUACAUUCCCCAUUAAUGUCUGUCACAAACGCUGUGAGUGGUAUUACAGCGGUAGGCGGCAUGCUUCUGAUGGGUGGCGGUUUAGUUCCACAUACACCAGUUCAGUAUUUGGCAGCAGGAGCAGCAUUUGCUUCCUGUGUCAACAUCGCUGGCGGUUUUUUGGUUACCAGACGUAUGUUAGAUAUGUUCAAACGUCCUGGAGAUCCUCCGGAGUAUGGUGGUUUGUUUGCACUGCCAGCUGUAGCUUUCUUAGGUGGACAUUUGGCAGCUACUCAUUAUGGUUGUCCCGAAGUACAUCAGAUGGCUUAUUUGGCCGCAUCGCUAUGCUGUGUAGGAGCACUUGCAGGUCUUUCAUCACAGAAAACUGCGCGACUAGGAAAUUAUUUAGGAAUGAUUGGCGUAUCUGGUGGUAUAGCUGCAACUUUAGGUCAAUUAGCUCCGAAUAACGAUGUUCUUUUACAAAUGGCAGCAGUCGCUGGACUGGGAGGAGGCAUCGGUGCCCUCAUAGCUAAACGAAUUCAGAUAACAGACCUACCUCAAUUAGUAGCAGGAUUUCACAGUUUAGUAGGUUUAGCUGCUGUUCUCACAUGUUUCGCAACAUUUUUACAUGAUUAUCCAUCACUGGCAACUGAUCCGUCAGCCUUAGUGCUAAAAACAGCAUUAUUUUUGGGAACGUAUAUUGGAGGAGUAACUUUUAGUGGCUCGCUUGUCGCCUACGGCAAAUUACAAGGAUUACUAUCAUCCAAGCCAUUGUUACUUCCUGGUCGUCACGCUAUUAAUGGUGGGUUAUUAGCUGGAAAUGCUUUGGCAAUGGCAGCAUUCUUUGCAGAUGGCACUUUAGGAACAGGAAUGGCACUUCUUGGAGGUACUGCUGCAAUGUCUACGGCAAUGGGUGUUACUCUAACAGCGGCUAUUGGUGGAGCCGAUAUGCCUGUCGUAAUAACGGUUUUGAACAGCUAUUCGGGGUGGGCAUUGUGCGCCGAAGGAUUUAUGCUAAACAAUAAUCUUAUGACGGUUGUUGGAGCUUUGAUCGGGUCUUCUGGUGCAAUUUUAUCAUAUAUUAUGUGCAAAGCAAUGAACAGAUCACUUCCUAACGUUAUCCUAGGCGGAUAUGGUACGUCGUCCACUGGUAGUGGACAAGCAGCCGCUAUUACUGGCACUCAUACCGAAGUUGCAGUUCCAAAUGUAAUAGAUAUGAUUUCGCAGGCAAGAAAAAUCGUUAUAACUCCAGGAUAUGGUUUAUGUGUAGCAAAAGCGCAAUAUCCAAUAGCUGAAAUGGCGACACUUCUUAAAUCACGCGGAAAACAAGUUCGAUUUGGCAUUCACCCAGUAGCCGGUCGUAUGCCAGGACAACUAAAUGUCUUGCUUGCUGAAGCAGGCGUACCUUAUGACGACGUUCUUGAAAUGGAAGAGAUAAAUGAUGACUUUUCGGAAACAGAUCUCGUUCUCGUGAUCGGAGCCAAUGAUACUGUAAAUAGUGCGGCUGAGGACGAUCCGAACUCUAUUAUCGCCGGAAUGCCGGUAUUAAAAGUUUGGAAUGCUGAUCAGGUUGUUGUGAUGAAACGAUCUCUAGGCGUAGGCUACGCAGCCGUUGAUAAUCCCGUGUUUUACAAGCCUAAUACAUCUAUGUUGCUUGGGGACGCGAAGAAAACAUGUGAAGCAUUACUAGAAGGAAUUCGAGCGAUGGCUUAAUUUAAUUUUUUUUUCAAGGAUAUUAUAAUUAAUAAGAAGAUAAUAUUUUUAUA